AAAUACACUGGGUGCCAAAAUAAGAAGAUCUGCGGGUGCCAACGGAUCGACAAGAGACCACUGAAUGCCAGCAAACCUGGGAAAAAAGAACUUCUACCUCAGAUCUGCUGGCUGUAAUGCUGACCUACCUCAGUUAAACACAGGAGGAAUCCGAGAGGACGCUGAUAGGCCUCUGGAAUGCCUAUGGUGCUGGGGUCACCGAGAGACUUCUGUACGUAGAAAAAAAAGAUUAUUCUUCCUAUGGCUUUGUAAGGCCCACCCACACAUUUAUCUACUUUCCUCAUGCUGCUCAUGAUAACAGAUGCAAAGAAGUAAAAAGCAAUCAGCCCACAGCCUAAUCUGAAACAACCUAAAGCCAAAAUGCAAUAUAUUUCGUCACUGACACUCCACGCUCCAGGUGUCCUGUUAUUUGCCUUCAUAUCAUCGGGGGCUGGCAGUGGGAUACCGGGUGCAGAAUACGACUACGGCGCUCAUCCAAAAUUCGUGUGCACGCCCAUCCCACCCGACGCGGACCCCAGCUGCUUUCCGGCAGGCGGUGGUCCAGGAGCAUCGGGGCCCGCGACCAAUGGGAACGGACAUCACGGUCCGGGUAGCGGAGGCCCCAGCAACUACUGGGGAAUGACCGAGGAAGCCAAAACCACCAUCCUGCACCUCCGCGAAAGCCUGGUGCAGCAGAAGGAGACCAUUCUGGACCAGCGGGAGACCAUCAGGGAGCUUACGGCCAAGCUGACCCUCUGCGAGGGCUUCGGGAGGGGGGUGGGGGUACACGACGAGCACCACGGCCCGCACCUCUCUCACCACACCUAUCCCGACCACUCCCAGGGCCACCACGGCAACCACGUUUCGGACCCCCUGUACCCGCUGGCCGGCCACCACAGGAAGGCCGCUCUGGGAGGGGGAGACAAGCACAGCGGCGACAUGGUCGCCUCCUCGCCUGAGCAGAUGGGACGAAUGCUGCAGGCCCUGAAGGAGCGCCUCGAGAACCUGCAGUCCAGAAACACAUCAAACUCCUACUCCAACUCCCUGAGGGACCUUCUGCAACGCAAGAUAAAUGCUCUGGAGCAGCAGAUGCACCACUACUCCAGCUCCCACAGCGGUGGAGACCACCAUGCUGACGGCGAUCACCACGACGACGACGGUCACCACGGCGACCAUCACGAUGACGACGGCCACCAUGACGACCACCACGAUGACCAUCAUGACGAUCACCACGAUGACGGCCAUCCCGAUGAUGAUCACCAUGACGAUCAUGACAACGAGUCCGAUGGCCAUGGCCACGGACACCCGCCGCGGAUGGCCUAUCACGGGCAGGGACAUCGAGGGGCAGCCUCCCAUGGGCUGCAUCCCAACAAGCUGGACACCGUACUGAACCACCUUCACCACAGAAACUCUGACACAGGCUCACGAAAUAAGCCAAAAAGUCCAGAUGCCUUUCAGAUAGGCUUCCCCAUGCGCACUAACUACAUGUAUGGACGAAUCAAGAGAACGCUCCUCCAUGAAAUCUUCUCCCUCACACUCUGCUUGUGGCUUAAAGGAGCAGCAGGUCCCGGUUUGGGGACCCCGUUCUCCUACUCUGUUCCAGGGCAGGCCAACGAAUUGGUACUGAUAGAGUGGGGCAGCAACCCUAUGGAGCUUCUAGUUAAUGACAAGGCAGUGACGCUGCCUCUCUCUCUGAGCGAUGGAAAAUGGCACCACGUGUGCGUGACCUGGUCGACACGGGACGGGGCGUGGGAGUCCUACCAGGACGGGGUGAAGAGAGGGUCCGGGGAGAACCUCUCUGCCUGGCACCCCAUCAAACCCGGCGGGGUCUUCAUCUUGGGACAGGAGCAGGACACCCUUGGAGGGCGAUUUGAUGCCACGCAGGCCUUUGUUGGGGAAAUUUCUGACCUCCAGCUGUGGUCCCAUGUGCUCACAGCUCACGAAAUAUAUAGCCUGGCAUCGUGUGGGAGUCACCUGACUGGUGACGUCAUUGCAUGGAGCGACUCUGUGGUUGAGCUGCACGGCGGGGUCACCAAGUACCCCUUCGAUCCCUGCCACUGAAGAAUGUAGGGCAUCAAACCACUCGCAACGCAACACCCAUCCUCACUUAGAAAUUUGGAUAAAGUGCUUCUGGAGGAGAGACCGGUGUGACCCAUCCCAAUACCCCAAACUUAUUGACUUCCCUCUUGCAAGAGACUGAGAUACUGGGACCCUGUAAAUAUGACUGUUUAACAGGAGCACUGUAUAGCUAGUUUUAGCGCUUUGUACCUUUAAUAGUGAUGCAACAUAGACGGUGAGACGGAUUUUAAUCCAUUUUCUUAACUGGGCUGUGCUAGGACCGAUGAAGAUAAAGGUAUGAAUACUUUAGUAGUUUUAGAAUGCUAUCACAGGGCCAGUUCCUGCUUAAAUACAGGGACUGCAUUGUUGAUGGGACUUUCUGAGAGCUCUGUAUAGCAGAGUUGUUGAAGAUUUUGUUUUCGAUGAAGAAAAAAGAAAUACAGCUACACCAAAGAUAGAAGAAACAGUAUACAAGCAAAAUGCUAGUCAUUUAAAUAAUUACCAGAAAUAAAGACAAUAGUAUUCAUAUUAAAUCAUAGUUAUUAGAUUAUAGUAUUCAUAAGGGUUUGAUUUUUAUUGUUCUGUUUUUUUUUAUUUUAAAUUUUGAUUUUGCUUUAUCAUUUUGAGCUGAAAGGACUUGAAAUUCAGUCUAGAAAAGGACUCUUUAUUUGAGCCUGCUGGACAAGGGGCAAGUAGGGCAACAGUCUACUGGAAUUGUGGAUGCCUUCACAUGAACAUAUGAGAGCAAUAACCUUUUUAAAUAAAGGCACCCAACAUCGGGCUAUACAUGCCCAAUUCUCAUGUUCAA